AUGGCGAUAAUUCAACCUGUCGAGACGUUAACUGUGCCUAAAUGGUUGCUAGCUGCCUGUCUUCUGUCAUCGUUUUUAGUACUUCGCACCAUAUAUCGUGUAACAUUCCACCCUUUGAAAUCAAUCCCAGGUCCCAUCAGCCGCGCGGUAUCGCACAUUCCCCAUGCUCGAUCAAUCCUCAGCGGAUACCUGCCACACGAUCUCACUUCAUUGCACGCCAAAUAUGGUGAGGCAGUGCGUAUUUCACCGGAUAUGGUAUCCUUCACUGCAGCCGAAGCGUGGACUGACAUCUACGGACAUGGACCAAACCGAAACUUUGCAAAGUGGGGCAUGACACGCAGCCACAAGACUGUUGAUCAUCUCUUGUCAGCCAACAACGCAGACCACUCACGACAACGAAGGACGGUCAACCACGCAUUUAGCGACAAGGCCCUGCGAGCUCAAGAGAGCCUUGUAAUGCGGUACAUUGACCAGCUGACGAGUGCACUUGCUGCAAACUCCACGACUGAGAUCAAUAUCAAGAAUUGGCUGGAGUAUACCGCAUUUGAUAUUGUAGGGGAUUUAGCAUUCGGCGAGCCGUUUGGGUGUUUGUCAAACGGAGAAUACCACCCCUGGGUUGGGCUCCUGUUCCCCUUCAUCAAAGCGCUUUCGCUAUUUGGAGCAGCCAGACUGUUCAAGCCUUUCACGAUCUUCAUAAUUGCCCUUUUGCCAAAGAAGGACAUCAAGGCGCGUAUGCAGCAUAUCAAGCUCAGCGCUGAGAAGGUACACAAACGCCUGGCGGCUGGCGAGCAACCGCACCGAUCUGACUUUUGGACUUAUAUCCUGCGACACAACGAUGAAAAGGGCAUGAGUGUCGAGGAAAUGGAAUCGAACGCAAGUCUUUUCAUCAUUGGUGGGAGUGAGACUGUUGCGACGGCGCUGUGUGGAAUCAUGUAUCUGUUGGCAAAGAACCAAGAGUCGAUGCAGAAGCUACGCGCAGAAAUCACGGCCGCAUUCACCAAGCAGGAAGAAAUCAAUAUGAUAAGUGUAGGCGGGUUGAAGAUGCUGCAGGCUACUAUAAAUGAGGGCAUGCGUAUCUACCCACCUGUUCCAGCCGGUCUGCAGCGCAUCGUCCCCAAAGGUGGUGCAGUUAUUGCAGGACAUGCUAUACCGGAAAAUACAAUUGUCAAUGUCUCUCAACAGCCAGCCUACCACCUCCCCAGCAACUUUGCACACCCUGAAAAGUUCGCACCAGAGCGUUGGCUUCCCAAUGCGCCACUAGCAUAUUCAAAUGAUAGAAAAAACGUGUUUCAGCCAUUUAGUACUGGGCCACGCAACUGUGUUGGCAAAAACCUUGCAAUGGCGGAGAUGAAGCUCAUUUUGGCUCGUCUAGUGUGGCAAUUUGAGUGGCAGCUCGUUGAUGAUAAUUUCAACCUCGACAAGCAGCGAGUGUUCAUAAUGCGGGAGAAACCAGAUCUAAACCUCCGUAUGAAACUCAGGGAGUUAUAA